GACUUCACUUAUUUGGACAAAAAGGCAAAAAUGUUUGUUUGCUUGCCUAGUUUUUUCUCUUCUAACCUAGAAAAGAAGCCAUAGAAAUAAUACGAAGAAGAAGAAUGCUGGGUGCCAGCACAUUUUCACCAGAAAACCAUUUUAACAUGUCAGAGACUUGGAAUUGGGCAAUUUCUGAUAUCGAUAUAAGUUGUAAUAAUAAUAAUAAUAAUGGUAACACCUUUGAUUUACAUUAUUCACCUAAUAAUCCAAUACCCGCAUGCCUAGAUCAAAGUACACUGCAAACUACACCAAUUAGUACUUCAAUGCUAACACUGACUCCAGCCAGUGUGGUGACAACCACAAAAACUAGUGAAAUGCUAAACACCAGUACACAUCUGGGUAGACCCGCAUAUCAUUAUUUGAACAAAUCGUAUGAUACAAAUCAAGGUGACUAUGAAAACACGGUGUACUUGAAUAAUUUCCCAAUUACUCGUGAAAUACACUUACCAUCUAUCGAAUCAGUCAACAAGUCAGCAUACUGCAGUAAUGAUAUUGACAAUAUUACAAAAAAUAACUCUGAGAAUCCAGUAUCAACGUAUUACUAUCAUUACUAUUACCACUACUAUCAAACAGAUGUAUUGAACAAGGUUGAACCCAUUUUACCAUCACUCAAUACUGCUACUACUACUACUACUACUACCCCUCCCCCAUAUCGAGUUGACCAAUAUCACACAAAUUUUCAAAAUUCAAAUUUGAAUAUCUAUUAUACUACGAGUACUGAUACUACUACUACGACUACUACCACGAAUAGUAAUGAUAAUAAUAUUGAUUUUUUGCCUGCAAUUCAAACAGAUUCAAAUUACUUGGUGAGUCACGUGACUCAUUCAAAUCAAACUAAUCAAUACACAUUUGAUGAUUCAGGCGAGAAUAAUAUCCCAGUGAAUAAUAAUCACAAGAAUAUCAGUGAAGAUAAUAAUGAUAUUGAGACGAGUGAAUUAUCAUCAAAUAAUUUGAAUGAAGAUUCUGGUCAGAUUGUUCAAUGUCAUUUAUGGGAUAUAAAAGAUUUGAGACUGCCUAAAGUAACCUAUUAUGAUCCAUAUGAGCUAUGGCCAAGUGGACAUUGUCGACGUGUUUAUGCCCAAUCAUGUGAACGUGCUCGUCGACAUCAAAGUGGUUGGGCAAUGCGUAACACAAAUAAUCAUAAUCCACAAGUCUUGAAAAAAUCUUGUCUAGGCGUAUUGGAGUGUUCAUUGGGGUGUUUAGUUCAAGGUAAACCGUUAAGUUUACGACCAGCUAUUUGUGAUAAAGCUAGAAAAAAACAAUGUAAUCGUGAAUGCAUAACUCCAGGAUGUAAAGGUCGUUUACUUCUAAGAAAUUGUCGUGGGCAUAGUGGUUAUCCUGUAACACAUUUUUGGCGAUUUGCCAAUGGAGCUGUUUACUUUGAAGCAAAAGGUGAACAUGAUCAUAAUCGUCCUUCAUUGAAAACAUUUGGUUUAUCAGAAACAGAUAAUCAUUCAGACACGAUAGUUACAAUCACUGCUACAACUGCAAAUGUUAUGACAUCACCAACAUUAGCAGUCGAUAAUAAUCAUCAUAUCCUACAAGCACAUGGACAUUAUGCCUAUCAACAAGAUUAUAAUUUGACUUUUCCAGUUUUAAACACAACUAAUUAUCAAUCAGAAUAUUACAGAAAUAAUCAAAUUGUUGAAUUAUCAUCGAAUUAUAACAAUUUCAAUCCAAUGACGUUAUCAUCAGUUGAAAAAUCACUAGUCUUAAAUCAGUCACAUACAAAUCGAAUAAAAUUUCAUGGUGGGAAACGUUCAAAACGAAGAACAAUACAACGUGAAAAGAAAUCAACUAAUCUUAGCUUAAAGAAACAUCAGCGGUUUGAAGAUUUCUUGAAAUUUUCUUCAGUCGAUUCAAUUACUACAACUGCAGAAUUGAAAAAGAAUCAAAGAAAUCAAAAUACUAACACACCGAUUCAAGCAAAUUCAAAGAUUACGGUUAAAACUGAGAAUUUAUUAGAAGAUGACCUUAAUGAUGAUAGAAGAAUACCAGGAAAUUAUCAUUUUCUAUGUGAAAAUCGAUAUUGUGAAACAACCUGCCAAAAAGUUGAUCCAAGUUAUGGUGCCUUAUCUAAAGAUUAUUUAUGGGAUAGUGGGAGUACUAGGGCUCAGGUGUACUUGAAUUCAAACCAAUUGAUUGUUGAUAAUAAUAAUAAUAAUAAUGAUGAUAGUGAGUAUGGCAGGCAAGACAGAAUGCGUAAUCAUACUCAUAUUCUUGAUUCGGUUCAUAUAACGCCACCAAUAGUGGCCCCAAUGCCGAUGACAACAAACUGUGAAAAUUCAAACACACACUGGAGUUGUUUACAACACGACAUGGAAGGUUAUAAACCGAUGAAUGUAAACACAUUCGGCGCUUACGUGACAUCCAUAAUGACGAAUACAACAAAUGAUGUGUAUAACACCGGUGUGAUGACUAGUUCUCCGAAUUGGUCUUUAUCACCGUGUCAAUUGUCUGCCUGUUGUUCAACUGCUUCAACAUCAUCAUCUUCGGUGUGUUCUUCAUCGUUAUCCACUUCACUAUGUGAUUAUAUUGUGACGAAUCCUCUUCAAAGAGGUCAGUGUUGUCCAUCAUCGAAUGAAUAUCCGCAUAUUUCUUAUUCACAAAACACCACAAAUACUAAACAGGAGAUGAAUUAUACACAAGCAUAUUCUAUAAAGAAUGAUAUCAGCAAUGUUAUGGUAGACAAUCUUGUCCACCGCUUCUCUGAUGAAUACAAUCGGUCAAUAAUCAAUCCAACAAUAAUGUCUAGUGAAGUUGAAUUGACAUCCUGUACGAACUCAUUGACAUCCUCAUCCUGUUCAUCCUCUUCUGGUUGUUCUGGAUCCUCUGAACUGUCAACAACGUUGUCACUACAAAAAUCAAUUGAAUGGGAGUGGAAUUGGUCACCGGUGGAAAAUACUUCAUUUUAUUGUCCCUCAUUAUCUACUUCUAUUGCUACCGGAGUUAUUGUUCCUCAACACUCGAUGGCAUACAUUGAUGAAAAACAAUUUACGAAGGUGAAUAACCCCGAAGAAAUGGACUAUAAUCUAUGGACAUCACUUAGUAAUCAAGUAGAAAAUGUCUAUUAUCCAUCAACACCUUAUUUGAUAAACAAUUCUAUGAAUGAUGACAUUUCAUCAAGAGAAAUUUUCAACAAUAUGAAUAUUGAUAAUAUCCAUCAGUUUGAUGAACAUCAUCAUGGUGAUCAACGACAUCAUCAACAGGAACAAUAUAUCAAUAAUUGUACAAGAUAUCAAAUUAUUGAUCAAACUGAAAAUAUACAAUCAAUAAUAAUGCAUGAACAAAGAAAUGAAAAAUCUUUAAAUUCUAUUGAUUUUUUUACUAAUUCAAAUGUGAAUCAAUCAACACCUAUACGGAUGAAUUAUUGUGAUUGUCUAAGUCAUUCAUCAGGUAGUCAUCGAAUUUUAAUGAAAUCAAGUAAUGAUAAUCAAUUAGGUAUGGAAGAAAUGUUCAGUUUUCAAUUGUAUCCACCAAAUUCAUUGAAUACAUUCGAUUGGUCAGAGCAAAUUAUACCACCAAAAUCGAUAUUCCUUGACAUAUAUGAAAAUGAAUUGGAUGGUUGUAGAAGAAAUGAGAAUAUACAAAACCUUCAAAAGAAUUUUGAUGAAACUGUUGAAAGGUAUUCAAUUCGUAAUACCAGUGAAAGUUGUACCACUACUACUACUACUAGUAGUAGUAGUAGUAUUGUUGGUACUGGUCAUAUCAUUUCAUCGAAUUGUCAAACGUAUAAUUUUGAUGAAACACAAGAAACUUAUCAACCGGUGAAAAAUAUACCAUUUACUAAUUUAACCGAUUUUUCUACUAACAGUAUUGAUAAUAUAAGCGAAUCUAUGAAUAUUUCCUAUUGGUUACCAUCAGAAGGAUGCGAUGAUUAAUAUAAUGAAAUUAUCACCCCCCUUUUCUUGAUCGAUAACUCUCUCUCUCACACACACACACAUACCAGUGAUCCUGUCUAGUGCAUACAGUUCCUUUUUUGAAAACUUCCUUUACAAAUCGAUUUUUUUUUGAGCAAAGAAAUGUCACUUUUCGCCUCUUUUUUUUUAAAAAAGAAGAUAAUUUUAACAACCGGUGCAUUCAGUCUGUCAACUUAUUGAUUUUUAGCCUCAUUUCAACACUUACUCCAUUCCACACCAAAAAAAAUACACAAAUUAAUUCUGCUCUGUGAUUGGUUAUUAUUAUAUGUAGAGACAUUUUAAAUUUUAAAUCCCGGUUAUUGAUUUGUUUUUAUUUUAAAAAAAGUGCAUACAUGUUUGAAUUGUGU